AUGGCCGAGAUGGCAGAGAAUAACGGCCAACGGCCGUACGCUUCUCAUGAGCGCCGACCAUUUGAAAGCAGGAGAGGCCACGAAUUCUACUCUUACUACGAAUCCGUCCUUUCACACGUCAACUCGAAGCCAAAGCUAUUCGACCUCCGCGACCCUACGAAGGCGGCUGCGCACCAGGCAGUGCCCUCUGCAGACAAAGCUUUGACCGCCUUCCUGCAACUGGCUGCCAUCCGUAUCCAGACUCGUCGAGCUAUGCUAUUCUUCUUCGACUCCGACCAUGCUUAUAUGAUCGCCGAAUCGACUCAGACACUCUCCCUCGAAGACAGCUCACAGCACCAAAUUAGCGACUCUCUAUGGUUGGGCUUCACCAAGAUACCUCGCGGCUUCUCCGUCUGUGAAGUCACUGCUGACCUGCCGGCUAAUGGGGGCUCGAUCGCUCACGACGAUGUCACCAAGGCUAUCGUGCAUAUCGUCAACGACCUUGCUGAAGACACUCGGUUCUGCGACAUGCCAUAUGUGACAGGCGGGCCACAUGCACGAUUCUAUGCUGGUGUGCCGAUCACUACACCUAACAAUCUCAACAUUGGUGUACUCUGCGUACUGGACGAUAAGCCGCGGGAUGGGCUUACUUUGCUUGAGAUAGAGUUCCUGCGUGGACUUUCGGGCACGAUCAUGGAGCAUUUUGAGACGGUCCGCCUGAAGACCGAUCAUUUGCGCAGCCACGCCAUGACCACAGCUCUAAGUGCCUUUGUGGAAGGUAAAUCGUCUUCGCAGCAGUGGUGGUUACAAAAUGGAGAUCUGCAGGAACCUGGUCAAGUAUGGGCCCUAUCACCGUCUGAAGCUCGUUGUGCGACAGAACAGCAUGGUGCGAUAAUCGGAUCAGGUUUACCCGACCAGAGGAGCACCGGGAUUGCUGACCUCAUGGACCCAUCAGCUACAAGUAAGCCUCUAGGAAGGCAGUCACCACCUACGCCUCCUCACUCUGCUGUGGAAACGGAGUCCGAGCAGUAUGCCGCACCAGUCGCUAAGACUUACACUCCGUCGCCUGACAGAAAGGUACAGCGUGAUCUGUCAGACUCCACGGACAAGAACGUCGACGAGGCCAACAUCGCAUCACAUGUGCACCGGUGCACGGACCGCGCCGCUCAACUUCUGCAGGUAGCGCUUGGCGCGGAUGAAGUCGUACUUCUCGAUGCAAGCCUGGGCAAGCAUGCUACUUAUCACAGCGGUUACGAAGUAUCGUCCGAUAGUGAGAGCGAUACUGAGACGGCGAUUAGCACUGAAGCUAGAGGAUAUUCGGCGUUAUCGCGAUCCCCCGCGGGUCACGUCCCGGUCAUGCCGGCUAAUUCACGGGAUCAUGCAUCACCACCAUGUAAAGUAUUGGGGUUGGCAUCGAGGAGGACAAGUACCACGAGUUCACCAACAAAUACCGUUCCGUUCCGCUUGGAUCAGAGGACACUUCGAUCAUUACUACGACGCUACCCGAGGGGACAUAUAUGGCACUUCGAUGUCGAUGCCGAGAUUGCCGUGCCGCCCGAAGAUCUCGUUACAGCUUCAAAAAGUCGAACGUCUAUCAGCGAUACCCCUAUACUGAUUCUGGAGCCUCGAUCACCAUCAUCAGCCUCUGAGAGGCCCUCAAAGCUGCCAACUCGAGCGAGGCAUCGACGCUUAUUACAGUCAUGCUUCCCGGGUAUCCGGAGUAUGAUCUUCCUGGGCAUGUGGAACUCGUACAAAGAGUCAUGGUUUGGGGCGUUGUUCGCCGUCACCUUUCCUUCAAUGCGGAGUCUCUCUGCCAGAAGCGACUUGGCCUAUCUGGCAGCAUUCUGUGAUGUGUUACUAGCAGAGAUUGCGCGCAUGGAAGCUCAGGUCGCUGAUCAGUCGAAGAACGACUUCAUAUCGAGUAUAUCGCAUGAGCCCAGAUCGCCAUUGCAUGGUAUCUUGGGCAGCGCCAAAUGUCUGGAAGCUCAGUCUGAAAGCCAUGAUGUCCUGAGCCGAGAGCUUGUUCGAUCUAUCACGUCUAGUGGGAUCACUUUGCUUGAUAUCCUUAAUGAUCUACUUGAAUACUCACGGCUCUCGCUCGGAGUGCAGGGCCAGCGCGAUCACACCCGUCAUCUCGAAAACGGUCAGCGUUCUAGGCGCCCGUCCUCGGAGGAAAUGAACGGCAACAAGGGCUCCGAUAAGCUCAAACCUGAGCCUGCUUCCAUGCUCAGCCUAUUGACCGAAGCUGCCGUGGAAGCCCAUGCCUGGGCUACGAAUAUCAAGGACGCUUGCGACGACGACUGGCGGUUCCGGAUAUCUGGUGGGUCUUGGAAGCGUAUAUGCAUGAAUCUCGUCACAAAUGCGCUCAAGUAUACACCUGUAGGCUACAUCAGUGUUUCGUUGCGCAAGAAAUGGUUGGAUGUCCAUCAUGGCGAUGAGCGGCAUGCAAUAAUCGAGCUCGUGGUCGAGGAUUCUGGAGUUGGCAUGUCCGAGAAAUUUCAGGCAGACGAUCUCUUCAGGCCCUUCAAGCAGGAGGACUGUAUGAAUAGCGGAACCGGACUGGGUCUCAACCUUGUCGCUCAAAUCGUCCGAUCGUACGGAGGCAACGUCCAGAUCCAUAGCGAGCUAGGUGUUGGCACAUGCGUGAAAGUAAUCUUGCCAUCCGUCUCCGCGCCGGUGCCGGCUCGUGCUACGAUGUUGGAUGGAGACAUCGAACACAAGUCACAUGCCGCGAAUUUGAGAGACGACAUGCACGAUAACAGGAUCCAUUCGGAUGUAGAUUCCCAACCUUCGCCCCAGGUCCUAAUUUUCAGCUCCGAAGAUCCCACCAACAAUGCAUGCCCAAAAGCACUAGAGCAAGAAGCUCAAAGUCGGCAGACGAGUAGUCUUCAGAAGACCUGCACGUCUCUUGGCUUACAUGUUCGUGGAACCAACGACUCGAGGGAUGAAGAGAUGGUUGUCUGUAUCGUCCACGAGCGCGACUUGAAGACGGCUUUCUCCACAAACGUCAUGCCAACACGAGCACAUCUGAUGCAGGAGAUGUAUCGAAACGACACAGCCUUGAUCGUGGUCUGCCAGACGAGAGCUGCAGCACUUACGUUCAAGGCAAGACCGGGCACCAUACCAGUGCCGAGCGAUGCUCAGUUCCUGUGGUUGCCGAUAGGAGCUGUGAAGCUUGCGUCAACGAUCUCGGCAUGUAUAGCGGUACUCAAGAACAAAGGCGCCGGCAUGAAUGGACGAAGUCCUAGCGACAAUGCUUCGAAGCAGUAUGGGGGCUCGAGAACGGCACGGGGAGCGAGAAAUACCGAUCGGAGCUUUUUCAGAUUCACACGACCUGAACUAGCUCGACACGAAACACAGACUGCGACUCUGAGCAUCGCACAGAUCCUGGCUCCCCAAGAGGCUGAUAGCGACACUCAUAAUAGAGUAUCGGCUUCCGCGCAUCUUAAACGACCGUCCAUGAGUCGUGCCUUGACCGUGCCGCAUUCCCAUGCCGCCAGGAAAUCAAAUCUUCUCCUCGUCGACGAUAACGUAAGCAAGACCAUGACCAUAUCAGUACACUCAUCUGACAAGGAAAAGAGCCUGUUAAUCUCCGCAUACUCGAGCUAUCCGCAGAAGAGGGCCGGCUACUGGUACCAGACUGCCGAGAACGGCCUUGAAGCUUUGCACAUCUACAAAAGAUCUGGUGCGUCCCCAGUAUUUCCAGACGACUCAACUUCCGUCGCGAGCGAGACUCUUGAAUGUCCGAGAAGCAGGAUUGAAGUCGUGCUUCUCGAUCUCAAUAUGCCGGUCAUGAAUGGCUUUCAAGUUGCAAAAAGCAUUCGGCAGUCCGAGAAGGCAUCAAGCCCUCCACCAGCAACGAUCAUUGCGAUCAGCGCACUUGGCGAGUUUGCUGCCCAGAGCGAAUGCCAAGCAAGUGGUAUAGAUUUGCUGCUCACGAAACCAGUGCGAUACAAAGAAUGGAUCGAUGUUCUGGGAAAGCUUAUCCGGAGACCGAUCACCUGA